AUGUUAUUUUCUAAAACUUUACUCACCGCAAUGCUAGCUUCUGCUAGCUUGAUCAAAGCUGAGGAACUCGAUACAACAAUUGUGCUGACUAUAACUAUCACCAUGACCUUGUAUACCCCUGAAGAAUCAUUAAGUUUAGAAGCUGCAAGAAUAGCUUCGGAGGAAUCAGUUGCUUCACAAUCAUCUGUUGAAGCAAUGAGAUCACUAGCUGAAGAAUACUAUGCUUCGUUAUCUUCAGUAGAAUAUGCAAAACAAACGGCUGAAGCAAAUAAAGACGUUGCAGGAUAUUCCAACACUACUGAUAUCGCAGAAACCACAGCAAUACGUAACACAACUGCGACAAGAACUACAGCUACUACAAGAGUAGGUAGCAGCAGCAGUAGUAGUAGCAGCGAGACUGCUGGUUUGUCUCUGGUAGAGACAAGUUCCCAAGGUGCCGCAUUUGGUAUUUACAAUAAAGAACACUUGGGUAGCAUCUCCGUUACGGCUGGUUUCUUAGCUGUUGUUGCUGCUAUCUUCUAA